UUUGCGCCCCCCAUGCUAAUGAAUAUUCAUACCUGCUUGCUCACGUCAUAUCACCGCUUAGUCACGUUGAGAGACAGAGUCGCCAAAGCACUACACUUUGCAGCAAAAUGAAGUUGAAUGUUGAGAUAAAGGCCCGAUUGCAGGACCCUGACCGCCUGAGGGCGCUUGCCAAAAAGCUUGCCGAUGAGCAGGAGAUGGACGUCAUGAAACAAGUUGAUACCUUCUUCAACUGCAAGGAGGGAAGAUUGAAACUACGAGAGAUUGUUAAUCGCCCUUCCAGGCCAUCUAAGUUGAUUGCCUAUAUCCGACUAGAUCAGGAUGGACCAAAACAAUCCAAGUAUUCUAUCACAGAAGUGGAUGAUCCAGAAAGCCUUAAGGAAACGUUAGGCAUGGCGUGCGGUGUGAGGGGUGUGGUCAAGAAAACAAGAACGCUAAUGAUGAUUGGCCAGACGAGGCUGCACAUUGAUGAGGUGGAAGGGCUCGGAAACUUCAUGGAGUUGGAGGUUGUUCUGGAGGAGCAUCAAACACAAGAAGAAGGCCAAGACAUAGCUCAGGAUCUGAUGAAGCAACUCUCAAUCGACCAGUCUGACCUCAUCUCUGGGGCUUACAUGGACCUUUUAGAGUCAUAAAAGGUACCAAGAGAACUGUGCUCCUUCGCCCUGAGCCGGAGUGCCGCGAUGCUGUUAGUACGUCGAUCUAUGCCACCGACGCCCUCGACGGACGGGUGCAUCUCUGUGUAUUGUCCGUUGUACGCCGCCGGGUUGAGGCCCCCCACGCUGGACAUGAAGUUGGAGCUUGGGCUGCUGACCGGUGCGGAGACAGACGAGGGCGGCAUACUGGUAGGCAUAGAGGUCAUUGAGGUCAUGUUGGUCAUGGGGUUCAUGACCCCGGCGUUGUUCAUUUGAUGGGCGGGCACACCCAUGAAGGAGGGGAGGUUGGACUGGGGGGCCAUGCAGCUGUUGAUGGGGUUCUGGCCGGGCAUCUGGGGCUGCUGGACGAUCGGGGACAUGGAGGAUGCGAGGGGCGAGGCCAUGUUUGCGGCGGUUGCCCAUGGCGAUGCUUGAUGAAUCUGGCAAUGCAAAGAGAAAAAGAGAAGACAAUUCUGAUUAGAGUUUGAGCCUAAUAAUAGACUUGUAUUGAUGUUUAUCGCACCUUCAGUAAGACAAAGAGGAGAUACAUGUACUGUAUUCCUGCUCUUUAAUUUUUCUAAACUUUAUUACAAAUAACUUUCUACAUAAUGUAGCUAGUCAGUGUUAAAAAAACGUUUGAUGCCUUGUUUAAGAAUUGUAAUACCAGUGUAUGUGUUUUGUUUUUCAUUAAAUUGCUCUUGCAAAACAUUCUA